GACGGGUGUAACCAACAUGGUGGUGACGUACAAGAGCUGACAGUUCCUGUUCACUGCAGAGACACAUGUUGUUUUGAUCAGAAGUUAAAGUAGAGUCAUUUCUGAGGAAGUGAAACUCAGACAGUCGUUGUCACUGAGAGGUGAAAUGGCGCAGAAAGGAGUUCAGCUGGACCAGGAAACCUUCUCUUGUUCCAUCUGUCUGGAUCUCCUGAAGGAUCCGGUGACUAUUCCCUGUGGACACAGCUACUGCAUGAACUGUAUUAAAACCCACUGGGAUGAAGAUGAUGAGAAUAAACUCCACAGCUGUCCUCAGUGUAGGCAGACCUUCACACCGAGGCCUGUGCUGCUGAAAAGCACCAUGUUGGCAGAUUUAGUGGAGCAACUGAAGAAGACUGGACUCCAAGCUGCUCCUGCUGAUCACUGCUAUGCUGGACCUGAAGAUGUGGCCUGUGAUGUCUGCACUGGGAAGAAGAUGAAAGCUGUCAAGUCCUGUCUGGUGUGUCUGGUCUCUUACUGUGAGAAACACCUUCAGCCUCAUUUUGAUUCACCUGCCUUUGAAAAACACAAGCUGGUGGAGCCCUCCAACAAGCUCCAGGAGAACAUCUGCUCUCGUCACGAUGAGGUGAUGAAGAUGUUCUGUCGUACUGAUCAGCAGUGUAUCUGUUAUCUCUGCUCUGUGGAUGAACAUAAAGGACACGACACAGUCUCAGCUGCAGCAGAAAGGACUGAGAGGCAGAGAGAGGUGGAGGUGAGUCGACUAAACAUCCAGCAGAGAAUCCAGGACAGAGAGAAAGACGUGAAGCUGCUUCAACAGGAGGUGGAGGCUAUCAACCGCUCUGCUGAUAAAACAGUGGAGGACAGCGAGAAGAUCUUCACCGAGCUGAUCCGUCUCAUGGAGAAAAGAAGCUCUGAUGUGAAGCAGCAGGUCAGAUCCCAGCAGAGAACUGAAGUGAGUCGAGUCAAAGAGCUUCAGGAGAAGAUGGAGCAGGAGAUCACUGAGCUGAAGAGGAACGACGCUGAGCUGCAGCAGCUCUCACACACAGAGGACCACAACCAGUUUCUACACAACUACCCCUCACUGUCACCUAUCAGUGAGUCUACAGACUCAUCCAGCAUCAACAUCCGUCCUCUGCUCUACUUUGAGGAGGUGACAGCGGCUGUGUCAGAAGUCAGAGAUAAACUACAGGACGUCCUGAGAGAGAAAUGGACAAACGUCUCACUGACGGUGACUGAAGUGGAUGUUUUACUGUCACAACCAGAACCAAAGACCAGAGCUGGAUUCUUAAAGUAUUCACGUGAAAUCACUAUGGAUCCAAACACAGCAUACAUAUAUCUGUUAUUAUCUGAGGGGAACAGAAAAGCAACAUUUAUGAAACAACAACAGUCUUAUUCUAGUCACACAGACAGAUUCACUGUAUGUGAGCAGGUCCUGAGUAGAGAGAGUCUGACUGGACGUUGUUACUGGGAGGUGGAGUGGAGAGGAGGAGGAGUUGAAGUAGCAGUCGCAUACAAGAACAUCAGCAGAAAAGGGGGCUGGGAUGAAUGUAUAUUUGGAUACAAUGACAAAUCUUGGGCAUUAAGAUGUGAAAAUAACAGUUAUAACUUUUGGUACAACAAAGUCCAAACUCCCGUCUCUGGUCCUCGGUCCUCCAGAGUAGGAGUGUACCUGGAUCACAGUGCAGGUGUUCUGUCCUUCUACAGCGUCUCUGAAACCAUGACUCUCCUCCACAGAGUCCAGACCACAUUCACUCAGCCUCUCUACGCUGGACUUUGGCUUUGUUCAUUUGGAUCCACUGCUGAGUUCUGUAAACUCAAAUAGACUGAAGUCAUUUAAGGGUUAAAUUCUGUGUCUUAACUCUUAAACUCAUUUAGUCUCCAUGUUUGUUGCUGAGAGCUGAUUGUUGUGGCGUUUCUUCACUGCACAGAGAUCAGCUGUCAGUCAAACAUUCUGGUGGUAUUUUGACAUCUUCUCAUUAGUUCUUCUGUAAAUGUUUGACUUUCUUUAUGUGGCUCUCCUUCCUGUUUCUGUUUAGCCAUGGAGGCUAUCACUGCUCAUGAUGAUGUCUGUUUACCUGACGUUUCUCUGAAAGAACAUUUAAACUUCUCUUUGCUCUCAAUGAUGAAUAUCGUUA